AUGGUGACGAACUUGGAAACUGGCAGGAGCACUCUAGGAGUAAAGAUGUUUUUUGGCCAUGAAAUAGUCAAUGUGGAAUUGCUGGAUGAACCAGAUUCAGGGAAGGGAGCAGCAAUGCUCUCUGAGUACGUUAAAAUGUUUCCUUCCACUCAUGAGACAAAGGAAGAAGAGAAUCUGGAGUACACAGUUGUUGAUCGUUUCCAGCAGACGUAUGGCCCAGCAGUGCUGCACCUAAAACAGCAAGGUGUUCUCAGUAUAGCAGGAGAAGGUGUUAAUUUGUGUCGUCAUGGAAAACUCUCAUGGCUUGAGAUAGCAACAAAGAGCCAUAUUUUUCUAUUUGAUAUCUUCCUUCUGGGACCUCAGGCUUUCAAAAAUGGAUUACAAAUGGUGCUGGAAGAUAAAAAGAUCUUAAAGGUCAUGCAUGACUGUCGCUGGAUCUCAGACUGCCUCUUUCACCAAUAUGGUGUCCUUCUCUUCAAUGUCUUUGAUACACAGGUUGCUGAUGCUCUGCAGUUUUCAAUGGCAACAGGUGGCUUCUUUCCAGACCGUGUCUGCACAUUACAAGAGUGUUUGAUGCAGCACUUGAAGAUACCUUCCAAAUGGGAUGCCAUCAUGAAGUACAGGCAGCAGAUGGCUUCAGAGAAUACUGACAUAUGGUUCUUGAGACCCUUUCCACCUCUGCUUAAAGCACUUGCUCUGAAGGCUGUGUACCUUCUGCUGCUCCACUCCUCUCUGAUGGAUAACUUGAUGUCUGACCUAACAGAUGUAGUACAUAAUUAUUUAAACACUUACUGGACUGGGUCUAGAGAUCACCUUGGGAACACAAAGCCCACUUGCAUGGAGCUUCCAGAGAAGCUUCGUCAGCUGGCAGACAUCCAGAAGCUGCGAAGGGAGAAAGCAAUGAAAAACUACAGAAUGAAUGAGGAUGGUCUUUUGAUUAGACCAGCCAUGGAAUUAAAAGAGAGAAAGGAUCCACAGAAGGAUGGAAACUACAGAGAUGAUGGGGAUUGCUUUCCCACAAAUAAAGUGGUAUCUCAGAUUACAUCCUUCUACAAUCAGGAUGUACUUUGUCAAGAAAAACUUGAAAAUCAAAAUCAAGUGAUAAAUCUGUGGAAGAACCUUAAACUGACCUCAAGCUGGCUGUACGAAUCUAAUUUCUGA